AUGUCGGCCAUGCGACGCAUAACCCGUCCCGCGCGGCACCUCUGCACCUGUCCCUCCGCCGUGCGCUCCUUCACCACCCACCCCCCGCGCCUCGCCACCACCACCACCUCUUCUGCAGCUCCUCCUCGCAAGCCACUGACGCCGGAGCAGCGGGCCUUUCUCUCCUCGGCGCUGCGCGUCAACCAGGCGGGCGAGCUGGCGGCCACGCUCAUCUACACGGCGCAGACGCCGCCGCUCGUGCGCGCGCACCCGCACCUGCGGCCGCUCAUGAAGCACAUGUACGACCAGGAGGCCGCGCACCUCGCCACGUUCAACGCGCUGCUGCACCGCCACCGCGUGCGGCCCACGGCGCUGUACCCGGUGUGGUCGGCGCUGGCCAGCGGCCUCGGCUGGUCCACGGCCGUGCUCGGCCGCGAGGCCGCCAUGGCGUGCACCGAGGCCGUCGAGACCGAGAUUGGCGGCCACUACAAUGAGCAGAUCCGCACCCUGCUGGAGAUGACGACGGCUUGGGAGGCCGAGGGGUACGGCGUUGGGGACGAGCUGACCGAGCUCAUCUCCACGCUGAGGAGGAUACGGGACGAGGAGCUCGAGCACUUGGAUCAUGCGGUCGAGCAUGAUGCGAAAAAGGCGGAUCCGCACUGGCUACUCACGGGUGUCAUUCGUGCGGGCUGUCGCGGCGCCAUCUGGGUCAGCGAACGAGUCUGA